AUAAUUUUGGUAGUGGGGAUAGAAAUAAGCAAGAACGAGACUGAGCAGGAGCUAUUUAUUUAAGGCGCGGUAGGGGUAGUGGCGCUAGGAUCGCGGACAGUCGCUGUCGCGCCAGGCACCAGUUCCAGCAGUCCGAGCAGUCGCAAUUCCGUCGCCUAACCAGCAUCGCUCGCCUCUUUUACCUUUUCACCCUCUCGCAAAACGCAUCGAGGCUUUAGCCGCAAAGCUGCAUCAAUUCGCCCGUGUCCCCCGUUUUCCCCACUCCCUUUAAGCCUCAACACCGUCACCGCCCCCCUCCUUGUGUCACCUCUCGGUCGCGUCGUCGUUCAAAGAUCGUCGUAACGCGCCCAUCGUACGGCGCUCAGUCGCGAGUGGUGUCAAAAACGUUGGUGAGAAAUAUUCAACGUUUCUAACUCUAAAACACUCUUUUCGAGUCGUGAUAAUAAUUAUUUAAAUUACAACACGAUAAUAAAAGAGGCCAACGACAAGGAAAACGACAGCAACUAUUUUAAUCUGAUAACGACAGUCAUUUUUUUUAUUUUUUAAAUUUGGUGAUAUAUAUUUAUCUGUUUGACAUUUUUUAAAAGUUACAUUUUUUUAUUUUAAUAAUAAUAAUAAUAAUUAUUAUUAUUGUUGUUGUUGAUUUUAAUUAAAUUUCAAGAGGAUAAAUUAUUAUCAAAUUAGUGGAAGGCUGAUAUGAGACGGAGAAACAUCAAAGAUCGUGAUCAUUUGCACCGGCAUUGUCAGUGAGAGAAAAAAUAAAUAAAAAUAAAAUAAGAGUGUGUAGUCAGAUCGCUGUGUUAACUUUUCACCAAUUGGACACGGUAAAAAAAAAUACCAGAGUACGCCUGCGGCACGUGCCAGGAGUGGACCGAAUAAAUGACGUAAAUCCAAGGAUCAGAAAGGGACGUAACGCUAACUCGCUGGUCCCCCAUCCCCUCUAUCCUCCUCUCUCUUUUUAUAUUUGUCCCGUCUUUUUCUCUCUUUCUCUUUCUCUCUCUUUUUCCUCCUCUCACUUACUAAAAACUUACACUUAACUAUCCUUGUUCACUAUCCUGCUCUGUUUUCCCCAAUCUGGCCUUUCUAUCUGAAGACCUUACUCACAACCCAACUCGACCUCUCGACCCGUCAGUACACCGACACGUCGUCGCACCCACUUCUUCAUCCUCCCUUGCUUUUUAUCCUUUACCAUCAUAACCCAAUUCGCACAUCCUUUUUUCCCACAUAGCCGCACUGCAGCAGUGAAACCAGAUCACUGACUUACAUACUACGUCCAACAGUUUAAACAGCGACACACACAUCAACCUAGUCUGUCUUCUGCUCCACAAAUCAACAGCAACAGCUAUUUAAACACCAAACUCUUGUAAGAUCAAUUAAAAGGCUAAAGAAUUUUUGAUUCCUGUAAUAACUAUUACAGUAUACUGCGUUGCUAAAGCCUAGUGAGUGCACUUGCCGAUCGUUACAGCUUCCAAGCUUUUCCAGAGCUUUGGCAUUGAACUGAAAAAUAUUUAAAUCUCCAAACCAGAUCACGGUAUCCUGUGCAAGUGUCUGUAGUUAUUACUGUCAGCUCAUCUUCGCCUAAUCUUACGGCCUAGACCAAAAUCGAGCAACGAGACGCCAGAAAAAAAAUUCAGUGCAACUGGAAGAUAAAGAAUUUAUAAAUAGUCGAUAAAUAUAUAUUACUUUAGUCGAUAUCUAUUAAUGGAUUUAGCGACAAGUUAUUAUUGAAUAUACCUCACUAUUAAUUGAUUAUUUACUUGUAUUGAAUAAUAUUUGCUAUAAAUAAAGUGAGCAAAGAUAACAAAUAACAUUGUUAAUCCAAUACAAAGAGUGUGAUUGAAGGAUAAUUAUAACUUUGAAUAUUGAAAAAUAAUUCAUCGGGUGUAAACGGCAAUAAAACAAUUAAAAGUUAAACGGCGCGUGUUGUAAUUUGACGACGUCUGGCGAGUUAACGAAAAAACAAAAUUACAAGAAGAAGAAGAAGAAGAAGUUGAAGAGUGAGCGUGAUUACACGAGGAUUCAAACCGAUCCAAUUAACACGAGGAUAAUAAGAUGGCAAUGGUCAACAUGAACAACCUACUUAAUGGCAAGGAUUCACGCUGGUUACAACUUGAGGUGUGCCGAGAGUUUCAACGCAACAAGUGCACCAGGCCUGAUACGGAGUGCAAAUUCGCUCAUCCACCAGCCAACGUCGAGGUGCAGAAUGGACGAGUAACAGCCUGCUACGACAGUAUCAAGGGACGAUGCAACCGUGAAAAACCACCAUGCAAAUACUUCCAUCCACCACAACAUUUGAAGGAUCAGUUACUAAUAAAUGGCCGCAAUCAUUUAGCCCUAAAAAAUGCCCUCAUGCAACAAAUGGGAUUAUCUCCGGGACAAGGACUUGUGCCUGGUCAGGUGCCCACAGUGGAGGGCCAACCUCCUCCGCCAUCUGCGCACCAUCACCUCCAACAGCAAAUCCAGCAACAACUUCUCGCUACCCACGCCUUUAUGGCCACCAAUCCAUACCUGACUGGAAUGCCGCAGGUGAAUAACACAUACACGCCGUACUUCACGCCAAGUCCGAUAAUGCCGGCGAUAAUGGGACCAGCCGACCCUACGGGGGUUGGUAGCCCGUUGGGAGUGGUGCAGCAGACGGUGGCGAUGCCGCAGAAGAUGCCACGUACCGAUCGUCUCGAGGUAUGUCGCGAGUUUCAACGUGGGGCGUGCAAACGCGGCGAGACGGAGUGCCGGUUUGCGCACCCCCUCGAGACGGUGCAGGCGAACGAGGACGGUUCUGUGACGGUCUGCAUGGACGCUGUCAAGGGCCGAUGCAAUCGGGACCCCUGCCGCUAUUUCCAUCCCCCUCUGCACCUUCAAGCCCACAUUAAGGCCGCACAAUCUCGGGCUAGCAUUGCGGCCGGAUCAUUAUCGUCAAACGUGCCGGGAAUGGGCGCUAUGGCUGGUGGAGUGUCAGGAGUGCCGGCAUCGGCUGUACCCGGAGGACUUCAGAACGCGAAUAUGGCGAGCAUUGAGCUCGGAAAGAAGCGGAUGCGCGACACCAAUGAUGAUCUGCUAAUGGUACCACGGCUUUUGCAUGAUAUGGAAUCAAAGUCCUUUGGAUCAUUCUACUACGAGAAUUUUGCCUUUCCGGGAAUGGUACCGUACAAGCGUCCCGCGGGUGACAAAUCCGGGAUGCCAGUGUAUCAAGCAACUGGCGCGACGACCUAUCAACAAUUAAUGCAGUUGCCGCAGCCCUUCGUGCCUGUGUCAUGUGAGUACGCUGGAACACCACCCCUUCCCCAACCACCCUCUAAUCAGUCAAUCGCGAGUACGCAAAACUCAAUACCGUCCUCCCAACAAGCGUCAUCCUCGAGUAACGCCGAAACAAACGGUGUCCUCGUAGAUCCCAACAAUCCUCCUCCACCCCCGCCAAGCGUAGGUGUUGGCGGCGGUGGUGGUGGAGGAGGAGGUGGCGUAGGCAGCAACGAUGGCAAUAGUAAACAAAUAUCAUCCUCAAAUCAUGAUAACGAAAAUAAUACACGGAACUCUCCUGAAUUGAAUCACACAAGCACACCGCAAGUGAGCCAACUGGCAGCAGUGCAUUCUGCAUCAACAGCAGCAACAAUAAACCACCCAAUGACCUCAUUAACUGGACUCUCAUCAAUGCCCAGCAUGACUAAUCUAACGUCAAUGGCAAAUAUGGUGUCUAUGGCCAACAUGAAUUCUAUUCAAGCGUCAAUCGCAAAUAUGCAACAUCAGCAACAUCAAGCUAAUUCAAUGGCUAAUUACACAAUGGCCAAUAUGGCUCACCUUAAUGUCCUUAAUUCACUUGGUAUGAAUCCCACAAGCUUCGCAGCUAUGGAUCCAGCCACUCUGGCUAAAGAAGUCGCACAAAAAAAUUACGCUAAAGCAAUUAAAUUUUCACAGGCGACACAGCAGUACGGUAUUAAUCCACUUAAUGCAUUGAAUUACACCGGUGUUGCAUUGAACAAACAGGCAUUGUCGAUGAGUCAAUCUGGAGCCGCUGCUGCUGCUGCAGUACACGCUGCUGCUGCAAACAAUGCCGCUGCUGCUGCCGCUGCGUCACGGCAAAUGCUUCCACAUGGGCUAGCUCAUCAUGGUAUACCGGGUACCGCAACUCUUGCCUCAAAUCUUCCAGCCAGUUUGCUACACUAUCCCAGACCGAGUGCUGCUAGUAUAAAUCCUUACUCACUUAUGAGACAGCAUCCAAUUUUACCUACGCCUUACAUGCAAGCCUCAUUGUCUGGUGUACCAAGUGCUGCCGCAGGACUCCAACAGCACACCAAUCCUUACCUACAAAAUCCUUACGCCCUUUUACCAGGCAUGGCCGUCCAUGGCAUGCACGGCGUUAAUCCCGGUUUAUCUGGUGUCCCUCAAUUGCAAGCUGGUAACCCGGCUACCAUUGCAGCCCAGCCACAAGUCGCCAUACCCGUCAGCUCUGGCGUUAUUAUGCAGCCUUAUAAGAAAAUGAAAACUACAUAAAUAAAUAAAUUCAAAUACUUUUAUUGCAUACAGACUUAAAUAAUAAUACAUAACUAUUAUUAUUAUUAAUAUUAUUAAUAUUAUUAUUAAAUCGCUGAGCAUUCUGUUCAUUUAAAUAGAUCUCUAGUAAGUUUUUUUCUUUAAACUUUUUAUUAUAAUUAUAACUUAUCUAUAUAUCUAUUCGUUUGUUUGUUUGUUUAUUUUAAUUAAAUGGAGAUUUAAUGAUAAAGAUUGCAAGCGACUGAUAAUCGAUUUAACUGACCGAUUAAAAAAUGUUUCAAAAUUAAAAUAGUUUCAUUUUCUAGUCAGACAUUGUCAGUGAACAGUGCCUUAUUGAUUAUUCGAUGCCACGGAUUAUAAUAAUAUAUAUAAUCUUAUUUACGCCACUGAUUAAUAUGCAUCAUACACACAUAUAUAAGACUACUAUAUUAAAAAUAAUUAUUUUUCUUGUUGUUAAUUCAUUUAUUAACUAAAUUAUAUUCAUUUUAUAUUUUUAAAGACUGCCUGUCACUUUUUAAAUAUAUAUAUAUAUA